CUUGUGCUCUUUUUCAUUGACUCCUUUUUCUCUCUCGCUCGCUGCGAAGCCGGAGCUGCCGCCGCUCUCCGAGGGUGCUCCUCCUCCUCCGAGAAGUCGCCGCGGCGCGGCGAUGGGAAAGACCGGUUUUCGGACAAUGAGGGCCGAUGGGGCCACAAGGAUCCUUCGAGAUGUCGUCGUCGCCGUUGCAUUCCGUGCUCCGAGUGACUCGCUUCAAAGCGGCUAGGACUGCCUGAAAUGCGAGCAGAGUUCGACAAGGCCGACGCGUGCGAUAUGCCUCUGUGCGGUCACCACGCGCGCUUUGUUUCCCGGAGUGUGGCUUCACCCCAACGCCGAUCGAUGCAAGGUGUGUGCGUGCGCGCAGUGGAGCGGCCGUAGAAACCAGCGCAAUAAUUGAUGCCAGCCGUCGUGGCCCCUGUGGAUACCGCGCCAUGUCGGCGGUGUUGUGCAGCUUUCGAAAAGUGCCCGAUUAUUUAGCCUGUGACGUGACGACAAUGGUGCGGCCGUCUUGCUCCGGAGACGCCGCGUUUGUUGUGGUUUCGGCGUGCGCGCUGUCAUCGUGGUCGCCGGCACCCGACGCGCAGUUGUUGUGACAUGGGCGAGGGGGUCGCGCCGUCGCCUCUGCGGCGACGGUCGCUGCUCUGCUUGGCGUGCCUCUUCACGGUCGCCGACUCUCUUGUGACCUCCGUGGGGCCCGCGGAUAACCGGCGUGGCUUCGCGGUCUUCCUCGCCGCGCUUCUUCGCCCCGACGAACCGCCGCCGUGGACUUACGACCUCCGCGUGCCGGACCAGGCCGCCGAUGCACGUAUAUUCGACGUCGACCGUCAUAGCGGAGCCGUCACGUUGCAAGACUCGGUGCAGUGUGGUUCACUUUUGCAGAACCCCGUACCGGUGACAGUGCGCGCUAGACGACCGUGUUGUUCGACCGAGUGGACGACGUGGGUGCGCUUCUCGGAAUGCGAAAUCACCGACGUCUCGCCGGACACCUCGGAUACAGUGCGCGUGACUCUACAUCAGCUUCAAGAGGCGUGCUUCGUGCAAAGCGAACCAAUCGUAAGAUUGGCUAGCCUCCUGCCCCGACUUGGGAACUGCAGCCUCACGUACGGAUACUCACCACCGAGCCGGUGCUGUGCCAUAGAAAGGGUCGCGGGAGACCUGGUAGCCCACACGGAUUUCUGUGGUCCUGUGGCAGACACUCUCACAACAAGGUUGGCUUCGCCUUGUGGAAACUCCAGCUAUGACUUAAUUGUGGCCUUUGGGCGCCAUCGAAGCAGGCGUCACACACUUAAUUUUGAGAAGAACCUAUACAUUGCUUCAGUUCCAGAAGGGAAAGAUCGUGGCUACGUAGUAGAAACCAUGACAGCGUCAACUACUGGGGCUUCAUCAUCCGAUUUGUCGUAUUCACUUCACGCUGUUUUUGAUGCAAGAAGCCAGGCUAUGUUCAACAUCGAACCUCUGUCGGGUGUCGUGACAACUACCACUAUUCUGGACAGGGAAUUUAUGGACAUUCACUAUUUAAGGGUUAUUGCCAUAGAUGGAAAUACACACCCACCAGCAACUGCUAGUAGCACUUUGCAGGUGAAUGUUCUUGAUGAAAACGAUCAUGCUCCUCUGUUUGAGCAAUCGACCUAUGAAACCUCAAUCCGAGAGUCUGUUCCAAUAGGCUACACCGUUGUUACAGUCAGGGCAACGGAUCAAGACUCAGGUUCCAAUGCCAUUAUUGACUACUCAAUCGUGAACCCAGAUGGUACAAAUAGUGCCUUUGGAAUAGACUCAAAGAGUGGCAUCAUUACAACACAGACAUCUCUUGACAGGGAGUUAAUCUCCUUCUAUUCACUCACAGUUCAGGCAAGCGACUCGGGUUCUGUCACUGAUCGGAAAUCAGCAUCAACAACUGUUGAAAUUACUAUCCUUGAUGACAAUGACAAUUACCCCCAGUUCUCGGAACGUUCUUAUUCUGUCAAGGUGUCCGAAGACAUCAAUUGGUUAAAUCACCCCGAGAUAGCAAAAAUUCGUGCUGUAGAUGCUGAUGAAGGUGCAAAUGCAGCUUUAAGGUACAGUCUUAUUGGCGGCAAUACACAGGGCCAUUUUGCUAUGGACAGCUUCACAGGGUCGGUGACUGUUCUGUCUCCAUUAGAUUACGAGUCAGCACGCAGCUAUCGCCUUGUAGUCAGGGUUCAAGAUGGCGGGACACCCUCUCGGUCCAACACAACUCAGCUACUUGUGAAUGUUAUUGAUAUUAAUGACAAUGAUCCAAAGUUCUACACCUCCCUCUUUCACGAAACAGUUCCCGAAAAUGUUCCAAUCAGUCACAGUAUAGUAAGAGUCCAAGCCUAUGAUGCGGACGACGGGGCAAAUGCCGAGAUCUCCUACACCUUGUCUUCUGCUGAGCAUGCAGACUUGCCCUUGAGGAUUGAUGACAUCACCGGUUGGAUUGUGACAACGCGAGAGCUUGACCGAGAGGAAAGCGCCAACUACAACUUCCAAGUGAUUGCUCGUGACCAUGGCUCGCCUGCACGAUCUGCCACAGCCACCAUUCUUCUUCGAGUGCAGGAUGUAAAUGACAACGAUCCGGUGUUUGAGCCACGUAUCUAUGAAGGCACAGUCUCUGAGGCCGAUCCUCCUGGAACUCCAGUGGUGAGCGUCACGGCCACAGACCGGGACGAAAAUUCGCGUCUCGUCUAUCAUAUCACAAGUGGAAACACAAGGGAUCGCUUUAGCAUUGUUAGCCAUAACAGGCAGGCAGUGGUGUCCAUAGCACAACCUCUUGACUACAAACUCGAGAAGCGGUUUGUCCUCACAGUCAGUGCUACGGACUCUGGGGGCCGGUCGGAUACAGCCACAAUCUACCUCAAUGUGAGCGAUGCAAACACGCAUCGACCAAUUUUCGAGCGAACACCGUACACUGCUACGGUGCCAGAGGAUGUACCAGUGGCAACGACGGUCCUUGUAGUGGAAGCACAUGAUGGUGACGUCGGUCGAAACGCACUCAUCACUUACACAAUGGAGGAGGAUGUCCCAGAGUUUCGAAUUGACUCGACAACCGGUGCAAUCGUGACCACUAAACCUCUUGACCGAGAAAAAGCUAGCGGCUAUACAUUAGUUGUCAUGGCUCAGGACAAUGGCAACCCACCACUGUCUGACACAACAAAUGUAGAACUGGAAGUUGCUGACGUCAACGACAAUGCACCCACUUUUCCCACAGCUGGCUACACCAGCACGGUCAGCGAAGACGCUCUCAUUGGGACAAGCGUUGUUCAUAUCUCAGCGACAGACAGUGAUCUUGGCCUAAAUGGGCAGAUCCGUUACACUUUUCUUGGAGGAAAUGACGGAAGCGGUGCCUUUGGAGUUGAUCCGACGUCGGGUAUCAUUCGGACAAACAGGGUACUUGAUCGUGAGACAUUGGCUGUGUAUCACCUCGCUGUCUUCGCCGUCGACCGCGGGUCGCCAUCUCUUUCAGCGUCUGUGCCUGUGACAGUUUACAUAGAGGACGUCAACGACAGCCCUCCCCGUUUUUCGGCAGAUCGAAUCCGGCUGUUUGUUCCAGAAAACAGCCCGAUAGGUUCUGUUGCAGGCGAGAUAGAAGCGCACGACCCAGACGAGGGACCGAAUGCAGUCAUCCAGUAUGCCAUUGUUGGUGGCCCUGAUGCGGAUGCUUUUUCUCUGGUAGCCAGACCAGGAGAGCCAGCUGAGAUUGUUACCAGAACAGACCUUGAUUAUGAGUCUCCUCACAAGAAGUACACCUUGAUUGUGCGAGCAUCGUCUCCACCACUCCGAAAUGAUGUCGAAGUUGAAGUUUGGGUCACAGAUGUCAAUGACAAUGCUCCUGUUCUUAAGGACUUCAGCAUCGUGUUCAACAACUACCAGCAUCACUUUCCCGUGGGCUCAAUUGGACGCGUCCCCGCCUGGGAUGCAGACGUUGCCGAUCAGCUGCGAUAUCGCUUUGUCUCUGGCAACAAUGCCAACCUUCUCGUGCUCAACGAAACAUCCGGAGACGUCCGGCUUAGCCCGAGCCUCAACUCUAACGUGCACAUCAAUGCCGACAUGGAAGUCAGCGUGUUUGACGGCAUCAACGAAGUGUCGGCGAUGUGCCACCUUUCGGUGAGGCUCGUGUCGGAGGCCAUGUUGUUCAACAGCGUCACCGUGCGUCUGGGCGGAAUCACCAAGGAACAGUUCCUCUCGCCGCUGUACGACCAGUUUGUCAGUGGCCUCGCAGCAAUCGUGCCCUGUGCCAAGGAAAAUGUCUUCAUAUUUAGUGUUCAGGACGACACGGACGUCGACACCGUUGUCCUGAAUGUGAGCUUCUCGGCACUAAAGGGCACUGAAGAUGACUACUUUCAACCGCAGUACCUCCAGGAGAGAGUCUACCUCAACAGAGCCAUACUUGCCAAACUCACAAAUGUGCACGUGCUGCCCUUCGACGACAACCUGUGUGUCCGUGAGCCCUGCAUCAACUUCGAAGAAUGCCUGUCAGUGCUCAAGUUUGGGAACGCAUCCUCGUUCAUCGCAUCAGACACAGUCCUUUUCCGACCCAUCUAUCCUGUCAACACUUUUGCUUGUCGAUGCCCUGUCGGCUUUACGGGUAUGAAAAGGAAGUAUGACUGCGACAUUGAGAUCAACCUGUGUUAUUCGAAUCCUUGUGGCCGGAAUGGGACAUGCAUUCGACGAGAGUCAGGAUACACAUGUAUCUGUCAGGAAGGUUUUACAGGGAUCAACUGUGAGAUAAAGAUCAAGAGCUGCGGCCAAGAGUGCACCAACUGCACGGAGGACCCGUUGUGGACAAACAGCCAGUGCCAAUUAAGGGCGCGCAGCUUCAACCGUGGCUCGUACGUCACGUUUCCAUCUCUGAGACAGCGUCACCGAAUGCACUUGCGUCUCAGCUUUGCCACACAAAAGCGGGAUGGCCUGCUGCUCUACAACGGACGCUACAAUGACAUGCAUGACUUCGUGGCCUUAGAGGUCGUGCAAGGCAGCAUUGUGUUCUCAUUCUCGACAGGUGUCAACAUGAGUCAGGUGUCGGUCACAGUGCCCACUGAGGUCAGCAAUGGACAGUGGCACCAGGUUGAAGUCAGCUAUUACAACAGAACGGUGACAUUAUCUGUGGAUGGCUGUGACUCUGUACUGGCCACCCGUUUUCAAAACCGCCUGGGCAACUACAACUGUGCUAACAGUACAACACACCACCUAGAAGACAGGUGUGCUGAUGUGAUGCAGACUUGCUACCGCUUCCUGGACCUUACUGGCCCGUUGCAGAUCGGCGGCCUGCCAGAUCUGCCGACACAUUUUCCCGUCUCCCAGAUGCACUUUGCAGGCUGCAUUCGUGACCUCUACAUUGACCACCAACUUGUUGACCUCAACAAAUUCGUCGCCAACAACUCGACGACAGCCGGCUGCCACGAGAGGCGCGGUUUCUGCCAUACAAGGCCUUGCCAGAAUGGGGGCACUUGCUCGGAGGGCUGGAACACCUUUGUCUGCAACUGUCCACUUGGAUUUGGUGGACGAGACUGCAGUGAAGGUGUGGAACCUGUGCGUCGAUUCGAUGGCGACGGCUUCCUGGUUUUCAAUCCCCUGCUGCGCCCAAUCCAGUUUCCGUGGUCCCUGGGGCUCACUUUCCGCACAAGAGCCACCACGGGUCUCCUCAUCCACGUCCACGUGGGACAGAGCUCAGAGAUGUCCCUCCACGUCGAAGGGGGCCACCUCAAGUACACGAUAGAUGGUGAGAGCAUCUCCCUCGAGGACAUUCGAGUAAAUGAUGGCAAGUGGCACAACGUGGCUGUCAAGUGGAUGGUGGGUGACGUGUGGCUCAGCCUGGACUACGGCCAGUAUGAGGUAUCCAAGGAGUUUGCCGCAGCAAUUCAAGGAUUGUACGUGGGCAAGGUAUCACUUGGAGGGCUCGAGGAAGGAGGUGCCAACUUCUAUGGCUGCAUUCAGGACGUACGCAUUGGCACAAGCAAAGAAGCAUGGCUGCGUCCCGUGAUGGAGCAAAACGUUCGAGACGGCUGUCACGUGCCAGAUCCAUGCCUUUCGAGCCCUUGCCCUCAACAUAGCACGUGUGUUGACACCUGGGAGGAGUUUGAGUGCCGCUGUGAUGCAGGUUACGUUGGUGAGCAGUGCACGGAAUCGUGCGGUCUGGACCCUUGCGAAGCAGACGCCAAGUGCCUCGUGUCCGAGAAGGACCCCGGCGGCUUCCGCUGCCAGUGCGGCGAAAACCGCUGGGGUCGCUACUGUGAGGAGGCAAGCACGCAACCGUGCCCCUUCAACUGGUGGGGCUACCCGGUGUGUGGACCCUGCCACUGCCCCGUCGAACGUGGCUACCAUGCCGACUGCAACAAGACCACGGGCGAAUGCUACUGCGAGGAGAACCACUACCAGCCAGAGGACAGUGAUGUGUGCUAUCCAUGCGACUGCUAUGCCAACGGGUCCUACAGCAACCGAUGCCACCCUGUCACGGGACAGUGUCGGUGUCGACCUGGAGUCAUUGGCCGCCAGUGUGAUGCCUGUUCCAAUCGCUUCGCCGAGGUCACACUUCGCGGCUGUGAAGUUAUCUAUGAUGGCUGUCCGAGAUCGUUUGGUGAAAGAGUGUGGUGGGAACGAGCACUCUUCAACCAGGAGAUGUCUCGGAGCUGUCCCAAGGGAUCUCAUGGCAAGGCAACCCGCCUCUGCGACCAGGAGAGUGGCUGGCUGGAGCCGGACACAUUCAACUGCGUAUCCGACGCAUUCGUGCCACUUUCCGAGCAGCUGCGCGUCCUGGAACGUGACAAGCUCCCUCUCAACACCUACAGCGCCGUCCGCGUCGCCAAGCAGCUCAGGGCUGCCACCAACGCUACCCACUCGGACCCGAUUGGCCUGUACGGAACCGACGUCCUGCUGGCGUCUCGGCUCCUGCACCAUGUACUCUCGUACGAGAACCACCAGGCAGGGCUCAACCUCACUCACCGGCAGGACCGGAGCUUCAUCAAGAAUUUGGUGCACGCUGCGAGCAUCAUCCUGGACACUCGAUAUGCCAUGCACUGGGAGCGUGUGGCAUCACUCACGGGACAAGGACCGGCACACUUGCUGAAGAUGUUUGAGAAGUACGGCCACACGCUGGCGUCAAGCCGGCAGGACACGUACACAGAGCCGUUUGAGAUCUCGGCUCCCAACGUCGUGCUUGGAAUGGACACCAUAUCAGCAGCUGAAACGAAAGGUUCCUUCAUUGAGCACGGAGCUCCUGACGGACCAUCGAUCUGGCUACCUAAAUACAACAACUAUGUGCUGCGAAAGCCAAACCCCGAAAUCACUUCCAUCUCCCUCUCACUGGCAUCCCUUGGCAUCACUGCAAAGUCAGAACCACCUUCCCGUAGCUUCACAAAGAAGGCAGUUGUUGUCUACAGUGUCUACCCAAACUUGGAUGGCCUAUUUCCAGCUGCUUUUGAUCAAACCAUAAGGCAAAAGUUUGGUGUGGAACUGGCACUCGGAAGCCCUGUAACGACGCUGGUGGUCCAACCUGCCAACGCUGGCACUCCCGUCGGCCAGAUCAAAGUCCGCUUUCGUUUCCCGAGGAUUUUAUCUCGUGGCGAGCACCCACAGUGUGUUUUCUGGAUGUUUUCUUCCAGUGGUCGUGGCAAGUGGUCAAGCCGAGGCUGCAAAGUUGAAGGAUUUGAUGCUGCGUAUGUCAACUGCUCCUGUGACCACCUCAGCAGCUUUGCAGUUCUGACAGACAUUGUCAGCCGUGAGCAUUUGGCUGAGGUUUCAACGGCAGAAGGAGCGGUGGCCUGGUCGGGUCUGGUCGGCGCACUCGUCAUGCUUUUCCUGACCUGGCUCGUGCUAAGCCUUCUUCGCGGAACCUGUACAAACUCCAACUCGAUCCACCGGAACCUUGUUGGCUGCCUUUUCGUCUCACUGCUUCUCUUCCUGGUUGCCCUCAAGUUACGUCGAACACUCCUGUACCAAGAGUUUCCUUGCAAGCUGCUGGCCAUCUCUCUGCACUAUGGCUUCCUGUGCGUCUUCUCGUGGCUGUCGCUGGACGCAGUCCACCUGUAUCGCAUGCUGACUGAGAUGAAGGACGUCAACCACGGACACAUGCGCUUCUACUAUUCUCUCGGCUAUGGCGCACCAGCCGUGGUUGUCGGGUUGGCCGUCGGGGUGCGGGCUGACCACUACGCCACCCACAACUUUUGCUGGCUUUCAAUGUAUGAGAACAUUGUCUGGAGCAUGGUGGGACCAAUCUGUGUCAUGGUUCUGGCAACCCUUGUGAUCUUCUCGCUGUCAAUACGAGCUAGUGUCCAGAUCAAGGACACUGUCAUGGACUUUGGAAACUUGAGAGUUCUGCUGUGGGUCAGCGUACUGCUUCUGCCGCUGGUCGGCAGUUGCUGGACGCUUGCUCUGCUGUCGGUCAGCGACGAGCCACCAGAACUGCGCCUCGCUUUUCCAACAGUUUGUCUCAUCACUGGCAUCUACAUCUUCCUCGGCUACUGCAUUCUGAACAGAAGGGUUCGUCAACAUCUGUGCUAUGUUUGGGCUAGGAUGAGGGGCAAGAAAAUUCCUUACGACGAGAGUCUCAGUGGAACCAGGGCUUCCAUGAUUUCGAGGUCGGCGCUAGCGUACCACAACUCAUCCUUUGACAUACUUCACCGCAAUGUUGGAAUAUCAACUUCGUCGACGACGAGCCGCUCCACAGCUAAGACAUCGAGCAGCCCCUGGAAUAGCAAUGGAAGGGUUCAUCAUCGCAGAAGCCAUGUGCACAAUGAUCCUGACGCGGGCGAAGUGGUACGAAAGCGCCGCACCACGUCAGACUCGGACUCGGAAAUGUCCCUGGACCACGCCUCCCUUGACCUUGCAUCAAGUCACUCUUCAGAUGAGGAAGAGUCAAAGCCAUCCUGGAGAGAUACCUCUGGCCUCCCAACUGUUCGUGAGGAAGAUGUGCCGCUUCCUCCCACGACAACUAUGUCACCCGUGUCUACUGCUCCAGUCACCAUGUCCGAAGUCAUGUCACCGAUAGUCUACAACGGUGGCAGUCUGUGGGACUGCGGGUUGCCUCCACAGUUGGGGCAGCACCAGCAGUCGUUGGCUUCGCCACAGCAAGGGGUGCUCACGUCUGUUCCCACCCUGGGCUCAUUGACCACCUCCCACAGCUACGGCACCGCGGCUGGGAUAACCUCUAUCUACAGUCAGUCGCCGUUGGUGCCAACUUUGUCAUCCCCACAGGGCCUGCUCUCUCCCUCGUCUAACGUUCAGUGGGCUGAUGAGGACGGCGAGUUCAGGAACAACCUCGAUCAGCCGACACCCAAGGGCAAGGACGGCCUGUGCCACAAGCCAAACAUGCCGCCACUAGCCGCAUCUGAUUCUGAGGACAGCAAUGAAACGUCCGUGUAGAAAGAUCUCAGGGCAACGUCUGUCUCACUUGCCUCCCUCCUCUCCCAGCUGCCGCCACAGCCAACUCUGUACAUACAACAGGAACAAACGUCUGGCAAGGCAGCGACAGACUAGCAAGGUCAGGACGAUGACCUCGUGACCCCGAUGACCUCGGGAAGGGGGGAGAAAACAAAUGUUCACAUUCCAUCCACUUUGGGACCAAUCAAUCAUCGUCGCUUUCACAUGAUAUACAUGCAUUGUACACAUACAAACUCAAGAAGGGCCCUGUACGACAGCCCAGAAACAAAUAAAAAAAAGCCAAUAAAAGCCAAAUGGUAGAAGUAGAAGUAGUUGUGAGAACCACUGCCCUUCCCCCAUUUAUAUAUGCAAAGUUCACAAGGAAAUGUAAAUGUCACACAAGUGCAUGCUGGGAAUGCUUUUCUCUGAAACUCAUAUUUGCAUAAAUGCAGCUGAAGUUCGAAAUGAGAAAUUGAUAUUAAAGUUGACCACGAAGUGAAUGCUUUGUUGAUGGCGACGGACAAAGCUGGCGCCAAGUACAUUGACACACGUUUUACAUUUGCCAAUGCUUAAUCGGUCAAUGGUUAAUUACUUCACGCAUUGCAUGUUUUGAAGGUGUUAUUAUGAUUCAAACUUUUUCACUAUCUUUUUCUAGCCCCUAGUGCCUGUGUCAAAGCUACAACCAUGCAGCAGUGUGUAGACACUAAAGUUCAAGCUAAGUGCGUCUCCAUUUCAUGGGGAAUGAGACAAGUACAUAUAUAUGGCCUCUUAAAGAAUUUGGACCACUGUUCUUCGUUGCACUCAGUCUCAAAAACUCAAAGGCACAGCCUUGUGCCGAGCUCCUCGAGCCUAGCAGUUACUGUUACACAGGUGAAGCUAGUCGAACCUUGCUGUAAUGGAGGCGCAUCUAACAUGAAAGUACCUUCAUUACAUCCAAAUAUUUGUUACAUGCUGCAAGAUGUUACCUUCAUUAUAUAUUAUACUAUGUAUGUGUUUCUUUAUGACAUUUUUUGCAAAUCCUGACCUCAACAAGAACAAAGGCAAAAGCAGAUAUUACAUGUGCCUGGUCACCUGGAGCACCUCUAGCAAAGCGUCAGAAGCCAUUUUUUACAAAGCUAAGUUCACUUGCAUUAGAGAGAAGAAAAAAAAUUUUUCACCCGUGAUUACGAUACUUGUAAUACGAAACUUGAGUGCAGUUCCAUACGUGUUUUCAUCUCGCAAUAUAUUGGCUGGCACACAUAA